AUUGAAAAUUAAUGGAUAGUACUUAAUUCUAUUAUUACUUGUUAUUAUUUCAUAUUAUUUAGUAGUGGUAGACGGUAGUAGUAGUAAUCGUAGGCGACGAGGAGGGAAAGUCGGCAAUUCAAUGAUCUGCAUAAUAUUUGCCGUUUCAAUAGUAAUUAAUAAUCACGCAUAGAAAUUAAUCGCGAAUUGCGACGCUUCAUUGUCGUUAUUAAAAUCAUGUUUUUGUCGAAUUGUCGACGGACGACGGUUCCAUCAGCUGCACGUAGCACGUACCCGUGUUUUCAUUUUUUUACUCGACGUCCGACAGAAUUUUUUUUUAAUUUCCUUACCCCCUCCCGUUUUUGAGACCGUGCCUACCGAGAACUGACACAGUGACACCGCCGCUUGGAACAUAGUAACAUACCUACUAAAUUGUUUCCGCACACCGCAGUUGUGGUGCAAUGCAAGUGCAGCACACUGUACGCGACAUUUGAUGCACAUUUUACGAUUGUACGCUGUUGAACGAACGACACUUACCUACAUCACGAUGUUGUCGAACGCCAAUCGUUUCUCAUCUGCCACUCUCAAAGGAUUUCAAAGCUUAUGUUGUCGAAGCAUUGGAUCCCUUUCACUGCCUAAAAUUAAAGACUUCACUGUAGAAAAUGAACCACUUUUAGAAUACUUGCCUGGCAGCAAAGAACGCAAAGAAAUCGAAGCUGAAUUAAAACGUUUGUCUAAUAAUGUGGAAGAUGUACCUAUUAUCAUUGGUAAUGAAAAAUUCAAGACAAAAGAUGUUAGAUAUCAAGUUAUGCCACACAAUCACAGCAAGAAAAUCGCAAAAUUUUACUAUGCAUCAUCAGACUUAGUAGCAAAGGCAAUUAAAGUUGCUACUGAAGCUCAAAUAAAAUGGGAUAAUGUGCCUUUGGAAGAAAAAAUAAGCAUUUGGCUUAAGGCUGCUGACUUGAUGGCAACAAAAUAUAGAAUGAAAUUGAAUGCAGCUACUAUGCUUGGUCAGUCAAAAACAGUUAUACAAGCUGAAAUUGAUGCAUCUGCUGAAUUAAUAGAUUUUAUCAAAUUAAAUGCAUUUUUUGCUAAGGAAUUGACAAAAUAUCAACCAAUUAGUGAAAAUAAAAAUGUCACAUUAAAUAGUUUGCGCUAUAGAGGCCUCGAUGGUUUUGUUGCUGCUGUGUCUCCUUUUAAUUUUACUGCAAUUGGUGGAAAUUUAGCAUACACUCCUGCUUUAAUGGGUUGUUCUGUUUUAUGGAAACCUUCAGAUACAGCUUUAUUAUCAAACUGGGUGAUUUAUGAAAUAAUGACUGAAGCUGGAGUUCCACCGGGUGUAGUUAAUUUUAUCCCAGCUGAUGGUCCUGUAUUUGGUGACACCAUUACUGCAUCCCCACAUUUAUCGGGUAUCAACUUUACUGGAUCUGUUCCGACAUUUAAUCGACUAUGGACCCAAGUUGGAAAAAAUAUUAAUGGCUAUGUUAACUUUCCAAGAUUAAUCGGAGAGUGUGGAGGAAAGAAUUAUCAUUUUGUACAUCCGACAGCUGAUGUGACAUCUGUUGUUACCGGAACUAUUCGAUCUUCAUUCGAAUAUUGUGGUCAGAAGUGUUCUGCCUGUUCCAGAAUAUAUGUUCCUCAAUCUUUAUGGCCUAAAAUUAAAGAAGGACUUCUGGAACUCCGUAAUAAGUUGAAAAUUGGGGAUGUUAAUGAAUUUGAUUCAUUUGCUUCAGCAGUUAUUGAUGAUAAAGCAUUUAAUCGUAUUGCUGGAUAUAUUGAACAUGCCAAGAAGUCUCCCAAUUUAGAAAUAAUUGGUGGAGGACAGUAUGACAACAGUAAAGGAUAUUUUGUGCAGCCAACUAUAGUUGAGACUAAAGAUCCAUUAGAUAAAAUUAUGACUGAAGAAAUCUUUGGGCCCCUCUUGACUGUUUAUGUUUACAAAGAUUCAGAAGUUGAUAAAACAGUUGAUCUCGUCCUUAGUUCUACACCUUAUGCAUUGACUGGAGCUGUUUUUGCUCAGGACAAAAACUUUUUAAAAAAAUCUCUUGAAACAUUAAAGUACUCAGCUGGUAAUUUUUACCUUAAUGAUAAGUCUACAGGUUCCGUAGUGGGACAACAACCAUUUGGUGGAAGCAGAAUGUCAGGUACAAAUGACAAAGCUGGUGGUCCUCAUUAUGUUCUGCGAUGGACAUCACCUCAAUCUGUUAAAGAAACAUUUGUACCACUGACUGAAUGGAAAUAUCCUUACAUGGGUUAAUAAUGUAUUGGUUGGAACAAGAUCUAAUGUUUUGCUAUAGGUUUACUAUUUAACUAGCAAAACUGUGAUAUCAAUUGAAUCCCAUACUACUGAAGUACUAAUUGUUUAAUUAUGAUAGAAAAAAAGAAGCAAUUCCUUUAUAUUUUAUAGAAUAAAUACUAUUUAGUUUUUAAAACAAUCUGAAAGAAUCUUUGAAGUUUCACAUAAAAAGUACAAGAGAUUCAAUUAAAAAUAAUUAUUUUUUAAUUUAUUUUUUUUCCAUCUUAUUGAUAUUAAUAUUUUUCCUACUGUAACCUUGGUACACCCAAUUUUGAAUCCACUGGCUAUGUCUGUAGCUCUAGUAUUAUUACAGUUUUGAUAGUAUACUGAACUAAAUUGUUAAGUGUAAAUAGUGAUGUUCAUCACUAUAUGAUGCUGAUCAAUAUUGGUCCGACAAAUUUAUAUUUAACAAUAAUGUUUGUUUAUAUUAAAUUUUAUAAUUUAUAUCUGGUUGUUAAUUUAAUGUUUAAUGGCAUAAUAAUGUGUUAAUUGUAUUACAAACCAGAUAAUACUUGUAAUUAGAGAAUAAAUGUAUGUAUAUCAUUGAAAUAGUUUUUUAGUACUAUACUUCAGCCAUAAUCAAAUGAAUAAUUACUCGACUUUCAAAAUUUUAUUUUUAUCUAAUUAAAAAUGUUAUUGUAUGAUGUAAAUAUGAGAGUUUUUUUACAGUGUAUACGCACUCAUAUAAUAUGUUUAUAUAUGUAAUAAUAUUGAGCAAAUUAAAUUGAAAUUAGAAAAAUUUGUUGUGAAUAGAGUGAUGGUAAUUGGUUACAAAUUACGCAUUGGUUAUAAAAAUAUUUGAAAUUUUUAAUUAUUUUGAAAUAUAACAUCAUUUUUUUUAUAUGGGUGACUGCACUCGAAAUAAUUAUAUUUUAUUUUAUUUCACCUGUUAGCUGUCGCAUUUCAUUUUAGAUUAUUACAAAAUAUUU